AAAUAUUGUUUUGUUCUUUGUAAACAAAUUGGAACAACAAAAUUUCAAAGUUGUUUUGGAUUUUAGAAUUUCACGAAUGCUAACCGACACCAUGUGAAAUGUUUUGUCAAGUUGAUAUAUUCUGGAAAUGAUGAGAACAUUAAUAAAUAUGAUAUCAACGACGAUUUAUAUGACUUCCUGAACAGGCAUUUGGCAUUAUUAUUAAACAAUAAUUCUCGUGUCAGAUUACAUUCAGCAAGAAAUUUUAUCUUAAUAACUUCGAUAGCAAUUUAAUGGAAACGGUAUCUGUCUCCUGAGAUGAUUUAGGAUGAAAUACAAUAGCUUUGGCUGCCUGCUAUUUCGUGAUAACUUCGGUUGCCUGGUGUUGCUCUAUUUUGGAUUUUAUAUUUGCUCAGCAAACGUGUGAAAAUUGAGGAUAAAACUAUUGAAAGGAAACGAAAACAUUUUUUAUGAAGGUUUGCCAGAAUAGCGUGUGUUCUAUAAAGUAACCAAAGAAAGGAGGAAGUGCCAUCAUUUAAAUAUGGAAGAAUUUGACAAUUUUCAAAAUUCUGCGCGAAAAAUCGGCGAUGACCAAAUCAAAAUAGAUGCUUUAAGCGACGGGGAUAGCCUCAAAUCAGUCGAUAUUGUCAAAAUACGUCAGGAAAAUAGUGAACUUAAGAAGGAAAUGCAAGCGAUGGAAAGUAGACUUAAAUCAAACAUGAAAAGUAUCAAGACAUUUUGGAGCCCCGAAUUAAAGAAAGAAAAAGCUGCGAAAAUUGAACAAGAAAAUAAAUUUCUUGCCCUUCAUGAACAGUAUACAGCUUUGUCGAAGGAAGCACAGGAACUACAAAAGGAAUUAGAUGCAGAAAAGGCUAAGGUGAGGGAACUGGAAGAUGGCAAACCUGCUCAAUCUGAGCCAGUAACUCUGAAUAAUAAAGAAACAGUUAGUGUAUUACUAGAAAGAAUCAAAGAACUAGAAAAUGAGGCUUUGGUCCUGCAACAGCUUGUUGACUCUAAAGAGGUCGCAAUUGACAAGCUGCAGGAUACUGUUCAGAGUAUGGAGGCUGAGAAAGAGACAUCUCAAAUGCAAAGUUUACUUGAUGCACUAUCGAAGGUCACUUAUUUGGAAGAGCACAUUGCUCGCCGUGACCAAACAAUACAAGAUUUAGAAAAUGAGCUAGAGUUGAACAAGUCUCAAAUUAUUCUCAGUAAUGAACUUCAAGAUAUUCUUUCAAUGAAAGACAAUGAAUUACAAAAAGUUUCUGAGAAUUUUAAGAAGUUAGAAGAUGAGUUGGCAGAAGCCAGGAAGUCAUCUAAUGAAAAUGCUUCAAAUGAAGAAAAGAAAUAUAAGGAGGAGUUGGCAAAGAAAGAGGAAGUAUUUGAAAGCCAUUCAAAGUUUAUGAAGUCAAAGUUGGAUUCAAGCAAGGGAGAAUUAGCAAAAAAAGACACUGAGUUGGCUGCAGUUAGAACAAAACUGGAAACAUUUGAGAAACAUCAGUCUGAUUUACAAGAACACAUCAGUGUCUUACAUAGCUCCAACAAGUCAAAGGAAACACACAUUCAGAACUUACAGCAAGAACUGCGUAAUGUAAGAGAUCGUUUGGAAGAGAAAGAAAAAAUUUUGGACUCAAAAGAAAAGGCAGUUGUAUCUCUGACAUCAUUGCAAUCUCAGAACAGUGGAGAGAUGGAUGUUCUUAAUACUUUGAUUUGUUCCAAGGAGAAGCAGAUUGCUUCGUUGAAAGAGAAGUGUACAGCUUUGGAGAUUGAGGUAUCAGAAAAAAGUGAUCUUUUAUCACACAGUAAAAGCCAUGCGGCAAACGUUGAAGCAGAACACGACGAAAUAUCGACGACAGUGAAAACAUUACAGAAAUCUAUAAAAGAUAAAGAAUUAAGGAUUACUAGUUUAGAGGAGAAAAAUGAAAGUUUGUUGGAAGAGCAUGAAAGAGAGAUGAAUAACAUGCAUCAACAAAUGAAAUUGCUGCAGACGAAAGUUCUAGAAAAAGAGGUGGAACUUCAAGAUAAGAUUGAGGAGCUGGUGAAACAACGUAGCCAAAAUUCUCAGGAAGAAAACAAAGCAAGUUCUUUACAAAAAUCAUUAAGAGAUCGAGAGAGUGAACUAGAUGAUUUGAAGAUGGAUGUUAGUAGAAAACAAGAAGAAAUAACAAAGUUGACAUCCAAUGUAUCGAGCCUGGAAACGGAAUUGGGAAAUUCGAAAGACGAAGUUGAACGUUUAAAGAAAGAACAAAAUGAUAAAAAUGAAAGUUUAGAGAAUGAAAUUAGAGCUAAAAACGAGAAAGCGGAUGAACUGGACAAGCAAUUACGUGAACAAGCGAAGAAACUUGCAAACAUAAAACGUAAUCAACAAAUAGAACGAGAGCAUCACGCAGCUGCAUUGAGUGAGAUGAAAAAACAAAUGGAUGAUUCUGAUGGAAAGCAAUCUGAAAUAAAGGCGGAACUUGAUGCAAAAACGGAACGAAUUGCAAUCUUGGAAGAAGCUCUUCAGGAGACUGUCAACAGUGUUUCUGAGAAUGAACGAUUACUUCAUGAACAAACCAACAAGAAUUAUGAAUUGGAAGUUGAGCUCGCAAAUUUAAAGAUAGAAAAUUCAGUGACAAACACCAAGAACGCUUCGUUGAUCUUAUCAUUGAGCGAGCGUGAUAUUGCUCUAUCAUAUUAUCGGAAGGAAAGGAAAAGGAUGAUGGCUGAAGUCUUAGAGAUGAAGCAAAAUGCUCUUCUUGCAACAAUAUCAGAAAAAGAUACAAACAUUGCCAUCUUGGAACAAAAUCCAACAAUUCCGGGAGAACAAGAAGUCAGAAAAUUGAAAGGAGAAAAAGAUCACUUGGUCGAUCAGCUUAAACAACUGAAUCAAAAACGUGUUCUUAUCCUGAGUGAUGAUGACAACAUGACAGAGUCGAAUGAAUUGUCACAAGGAACAAAGGAAACAAUAAUCGAGUCCUUGCUGCUAUUAGAUUCCAAUACCGAGAAAUUGUUUUGUUACAUGGAUAGUUUGGGAGAUGUAAUGAAGGAACACUAUAAAGAUAUUUAUAAAACGUUACCAAGAUCACCAUCGGCAAGAGAAGGAAAGUUGAUGCUAAAUGAUGACGCUACGCAUGCUGAGCUUGUGAAAGAAAUGGAGUUCCAAGUGUCACUGAUGCAUUCCGUGCAGACCUAUGUUGAAGUUAUGGUCGAUAGUUUGGAAGAAACAGAACAUGAACACGAAAGUGAUCAUCAAAGUAGUCAUAGUUAAUGUGAAAAUAAAAGACACACAUAAACAACAGGGGGAAUGGAAUCUAGACUCUGGUUGUGAUCAAAAGUCCUGUAGUAACAAUACAGAACAGAGUGGCAUUGUCAUACCUGCAGUUCUUGUCUAUAGCAUCCAUUGAUGUCGUUUUGAUUUGUCGUAUUCAUUUGACCGUUUUGUACAAAUUGAAUUUCUAGAAAUAAAUAUAUAGUAUAUAUUUAUAUCAGGACAAAAAUAGGCUUCUUUUAGUAAUUUCUUUUCUGUACAUGGUAUGUUAGGUAUGUUACAACAUAUUGGAGCAAGCUUUAGUUUUAGCAUUUUUUUGGCUGUUGCUUGUUGGUGAAAUACAUGGAAUGGUUUAUUCCAGCAUGCAGUCACCAUGCUUUUAAAAUAAACGUACGCAAAUGCAUUAGUUGUUCAUUCGCUAUUUGGCGACUUAUCGUCAUGUGCAUGUGAACUAGGGUAGAAUUGAUAUAUCGAAAUUAUUGAUUCACACUAGGCUCUUGUUUUCUCUUUUUUAGCUUUUUGUGUUUGUUUUUUUGUUCUCUUGACGGUUAACAACAAGACUAUAAUGGUAAUUUGGCUAGUUAUGCAGUAUAUAAACCAAUCUUGAUCGAGCAGCAACAUGUGUUUCCUGAAGCAGUCAAAGGAAGGAAGAAUCCGACGACCGACAUUGCUGCCUUAAAGUAUUCUGAAAGUGGAACUAGAAAACACAAGAAUAAAAGUACAAUACAAAUGGAAAUGCAUUAUGUGGAACUUAAUGAACUAUGUUAUUGUCCAGGUUUAUGCUUUUGCAUGGUUCCUUUCUCGUCACGUGUCUAUUGUAUUUUAGCCAAA